AUGCCUUCCACUUCCCCUGCAUAUCCCUCCUCGUCCCUCUCCGCUCUACCAAUGGUUCAGCAGUACAAGACAAGAGGCGCCCACUCUCCCUCAAAUCAUGUCUCCCUCAAGACCUGGAUCCGCAACGCACCCUGGAGCCAAUACUUCAAGGACGGCUGUCGUCUGAUCGUCAAGUCACCCUUUAACUUUUUCGUCUUUUUCUGCUGUCUCUCUGUUGUUGUCUGGGGAGCAUUCUUGGUCCUUCUGAUGUUCGGUUGGGUCACGCUGAAGGACGACGCUACACAGAAACUCUGGAUCGAGAUUGCCUCCCAAGUCCUCAACGGCUUCUUUACGCUCGCCAACGUCCCCGUCCAUCCGAAACGAUUCAUUGGCUUUGUGCGAGGUGUCCGUGUCUGGAGAGAGGAUAAAGCCAUUCAUCAACAGUUUCUUGCUCGAUUCAGCACCGGGGAUGCAGGAAAUCAAAGACCGACAGCUGCUAUUGGAGGAUCCAAUCAAGAAGAGAAGUUGCUCGAGCGGCUGCAGUUUUAUCGAUGCUUUCCGGGCUAUGGUCGAGAGCGGACUGAGACUGGGACAGUCAUGGAACAUGAUAGCCUUGUACCACCACAGUUCGACUCCAACGCAGACAUGCGAUCCAGGACCUUGGACAGGGCAGAAACCAGAGUCGUUGUCUCGAGGUCACGAUCGAGAUCAAAGUCCAGGGCACGUACCUUUGAUUCUAUGAGGAGUUUGUCUGUUGAUCGAUCUCGAGUGUCUAGUAGUGAUCUAGUGGCGAGCCCUCUUCACCCCAUUGUCGCCGUGGACGGUCAGGAUUCCUCCGAUCAUACAGGAUCUUCAUCGCCCUCAACAGCAACUUCAGUUGUACCACCUGCGCCUUUGUCCCCAACUAUAAGGCUCCGUGUAGACAUUCCAGAGAAAGAGUUGAACGAGCUUCUAACAGAGGAGACGCAUCGAGUGGUUCAGUCUGUGGUCCUGCCAUUCCUCCCGUUUCCAUUGGAUAUGCAGUCGGAUGAUUCUUCCAAAGAUGCAGCAACUGUCAACAAUGAAACAGGACAGGACACCACGGAAUCUAUGAGCAGACUGGAAGAGGGGCAGGGUGCGAUGCCACUCAAGUCCCGGGUUAUCCAGCGGGGUGCCUCUUAUACCACGCUGCCUAGAUCGUCAUCUUCGAGGAGAUUAUCGCCACGGACAAGAGCCAGGACUAUGACCAUGUCGAUGGUUGACGACAUCCCUGUCAGCAGUGACUCACCCCGGAGACCGACAUUUGUGAUUCAUGAGGAUCAUGGUUCGUCAGGAUCGAGGUCAGGAAGCCACGCUGGACAUAGUAUCAUGUCUGCCCAGUCUUCACCAAAUGAGAAAAGCUCUAGCAAGAAGGUGCCUCCACCACCGGUCCCAAUGCCAGAGGCGUUGACGCAGGAGCAGAUGGAUUGGGUUGAUGAACACGACAAAAGGUUGUUGAGACGCAAGGAGCGAUUGCAGAGAGCAUGGCCCUGGUACAACUACACCAUCCCCGCAGGAAUCGAACCCGUCGACUUUUUCGUACCUCCCGCCGAACAACUCACUUCAACAACAAUCCUCCUGAGUUCGUCACCCUCAACCCUUAUAGUAUCCCCCGCAAGAUUCCUUCUGAUUGUGGGCUCGUUCAACCUCAACUCGAUGAUCCAAGAGGUCCUGUGCGGGUUCAUGUGGGGGAUGAACUAUCAUGUCCGUCCGGGUUGGGUUGUAGGUACAGGAAUGGCGUUUGGAUGUUUGGCUGCGAUUGUGCCGAGUGUGUUGAUCAUGUUGCAUGAACAGACCAUGAGUCGGGUACGGGUUGUCGCAACUGCCGAGGAGGCUAUUCAGGAUGCGCUUGAUGAGAAGAAGUUCGUUUCGUCUUCUACUGUGUAA